AUGAGAAAAAUAACCUUAGCAGUCGCCCUAUUCUUAGGAUUGGCCUACUCAGAGGCAGUCAUAGACAAGCCAUGCAGAAUAAAGCAUGAUAGACCAAUUAAGACAGUCGAAAAGAAGCGCCUCCAAAGCGUUAACCUCCCAGAAACAUUCGUCUGGAACAAUGUCAAUGGAGUUAACUAUUUGACUAACAUGAAGAACUAACAUAUUCCACAGUACUGUGGAUCAUGCUGGGCCCAGGCUGCUACUUCUUCUCUUUCUGACAGAAUCAAGAUUGCAAGAAAGGCUCAAUGGCCAGAUGUCAACAUCUCCCCCUAAGUCCUUCUUUCUUGCUCCUCCAGUGAUGAAGGAUGCAAUGGUGGAUAUGCCCUUUCAGGUUAUGAAUACAUGCACAACAAUAACAUCACUGAUGAGACUUGCUCAGACUACAGAGCAAGAGGUCACACCAACGGUCUCGAUUGCUCACCAAUCGUUCAGUGCAAAGACUGCCACCCUCACGAGAAAUGCUUCGUACCAGAUGAGUACUACGUCUACAGAGUUGACGAGUUUGGAGAACUCAAGGGUGAGGAUGCAAUGAUGCAAGAAAUCUAUCAAAGAGGGCCAAUUGCCUGCGGUAUUGCUGCUACUCCAGAGCUCCACAACUAUCAAGGAGGAAUCUUUGAAGAUAAAACUGGAUCCACUGACAUCAACCACGAUAUUUCAGUUGUUGGAUACGGUGCUGAAAACGGCACCAAGUACUGGGUUGUUAGAAAUUCAUGGGGAUCCUCAUGGGGAGAAAAUGGAUUCUUUAGAGUUGUCAGAGGUACCAACAAUAUCAUGAUUGAAAGUGAUUGCGCAUGGGCCACCCCAGCUGAUACAUGGACAUCAGGUGAGAAACACAUUACUUCUCAAGAGGAGAAGAAUGAUCCAAGAAACAAUAAAGAUAAUUCAGUCAGCCCAUACCCACAAGAUUCUACUACAUCCUCAUCAUUCCUUAAAGAGUAAACUCAUCAUCUUGGCUGUUCAGUUAAAAAGACUGACUUACUCUUGGGUGAGGUCAAAAACAGAAUUAUGGCUUGGGAUGAGGUCAAGCAUUCAGAUCUCCCAGCUAACUUUGACUGGAGAAACGUAAACGGCACUAACUAUGCUUCAUGGACUUUCAAUCAACACAUUCCAGUUUAUUGUGGUUCAUGCUGGGCUCAAGCUUCAACUUCUUCACUUGCUGAUAGAUUCAACAUCUUAAUGAAGGAUCUUAACCCAACUCCAAUCGCACUUAACCCUCAAAUGAUUGUUAACUGUAGAGCAGGAGGUUCCUGCAACGGUGGAGACCCAGUCGGAGUUUAUGAAUAUGCUUACCUCCAUGGUAUCCCAGAUUCAACUUGCGUUGUCUAUGUUGCCAAGAAUCUAGAUCAUAAAUGCACAGAUAUGGAUAUCUGCAAGGACUGCAAGGGUCCAGCUCCUGAUGCCGAUAAAGAUGGUCAAGAAAACUGCUGGGCAGUCACCAACUAUAAGAGAUACUACGUUUCAGAUUACUACUCAUUCUCAGGUGCAGAGAAAAUGAAGGCUGAAAUCUACAAGAAUGGCCCAAUCUCUUGUGGUAUUGAUGCUACUGACAAGAUGCAUAGCUACCUUGGCGGCAUUUUCUCAGAGGCUAAAUCAUUCCCUGAGAUUAAUCACAUCAUCUCAGUUGCCGGAUGGGGUUAUGAUGAAGCAACAAAGACUGAAUACUGGAUUGUUAGAAACUCAUGGGGAACCUACUGGGGUGAGAAGGGAUGGAUGAGAAUCAAGAUGCACUCAGACAACCUCGCCAUUGAGACUGAUUGCAAUGCUGCUAUUCCCUCAUACACCAAGCAUUCAGCAAGCCAUCAAUCAUUUAUUCAGUGA